AUGGAAAAGGGAGGUUCGCAACAGACGUCGUUGCUCGAUGUCCUCAAGAAAAAGAUGCGGCAAGCCCGCGAGGAAGCCGAGCAGGCCAAGGACGAGGCCGAUGAGGUGAAGAGACAGCUGGAGGAGGAGAGGAAGAAGCGUGAAGACGCUGAAGCUGAUGUCGCCGCCUUGAAUCGUCGUAUCGUGCUGGUCGAGGAGGAUUUGGAGCGUACUGAGGACCGUCUGAAGAUUGCUACCUCAAAGUUGGAGGAGGCUUCUAAGGCUGCGGAUGAAUCUGAACGGUAA